CAGGGCUGGCCAAGGUCGCCGCCGCUUCGGCCUCCCGGUUCCUCUCGGCCGCCGCCUUCCCUUCUCGCUGUCCUCUUCGGCCCCAGGCCACCUCCUGCAGCCGCGCUCCAGCACCGGGCACCCGCGUCCGCGCCGGACAGUCCCCGCGCUCUUCCCGGGUCCACCCCUCGGCCGUGCUGAUUGGGCAGGCGGGGUCUCCGCCCGGCGGAAAGUUUUCGGUGCCUGGAGGAAGUUGAACCUUGGAAACUCCGAGCAAGCGACUCCGGUGGUGGCCUCGGGGGACUCGAGGUCAUGGAGGAGCCCCCGGUGCGAGAGGAGGAGGAAGGGGACGGAGAGGUGGAUGAAGCCGGGCCCGAGGGCGCCCUGGGCAAGAGCCCCUUCCAGCUGACCACCGAGGACGUGUACGACAUCUCCUACGUGGUGGGCCGCGAGCUGAUGGCCUUGGGCAGCGACCCUCGGGUGACCCAGCUGCAGUUCAAGAUUGUCCGCGUGCUAGAGAUGCUGGAGGCGCUGGUGGAUAAGGGCAGCCUGGCCGCGGAGGAGCUGAGGAUGGAGAGGGACAACCUCAGGCAGGAGGUGGAGGGGCUGCGGAGACGGGGCCCGCCUGCCCAAGGGGAGGUGAACCUGGGACCGGACAAAAUGGUGGUUGACUUGACGGAUCCCAACCGGCCGCGCUUCACCCUGCAGGAGCUGCGGGAUGUGCUGCAGGAGCGCAACAAGCUCAAGUCCCAGCUGAUAGUGGUGCAGGAAGAGCUGCAGGGCUACAAGAGUGGCCUGAUUGCACCAAGAGAAGGCCCAGGGGGAAGAAGAAGAAACGAUACUGUGGUUACCAGAGCCUGCAAUGCCAACAGUGACAAGGAGGAGAAGACAAUCAUGAAGAAGCUGAGCCACGGCCAUGGACAAGGGGCAUCCCCGCCAGAGGGUCCACAUGGCCCUGAGUGGAGAAGCUGGAAGAGUGGACAUUCCCAGUCUCCCUUUUCCUAUGGAGCUGGGCCCUGCUGAAGUCCGACUAGCAGCCUCAGGCCAGCUCAGCGCAGCAGCAGACCUCCGCCUAAAGGGACAGCAGAGACCAGCUCUCCCUGAACCAGCUCUCUACACCUGCAGUGGGCCAGACACUGUGAUGUGUUGGGGACACUGGUGAAUGGGACAGGUCUCUGCCUCCUUUCCACUCAAGCCACACCUUGCUGGUCUCCUGGCUGUCACUCUGCCACCCCACACCCCAUUCUGCACUCAGCAGCGGGAGCAGUCUUUUGAAAAGGUCGAAGAGAUCGGCCACUGCAGUGUUGACUUCAGAGUAGGCACUCACAUCCCAGAGCUGGCUCCUUAGUUGUGACAAAUUUACCAGAGUAACAAAGCCUCUGUGGGGACUCUCUGUACUAUCUUUGCAACUUUUCUAUAAA